AUGAUCAGUAAAAAGGAAAAGAAUGUAGCAAGUAUUCUAAAUGCAGAUGCCAUAGAUGAAGUUGGUGAUGUGACUACUAUUGAUAAUAAUAAGAUGAGUGCUGUAGCUAUAGGUGCAAUAGUCAAUUUAGAGUAG